AUUCUCGAUGCUCUUAGUUUAAUGUCUGGAUUCUACGCUCUGGUGUUUGGAAUAUACGUUUGUUUAUUCGGUGCUUCCCCGAUAUUACCAUGGGGUAUGUGCCAGUCCUGGUGUUUGCGCAAGCAAGUCAAAGACAGUCUUGCAAAAAAAUAUCCAAAAUACAUACCGCUUAUUGACCCAGUUGACGCUACCGUAGAAGUCAGACAACGAAUAGCAUAUCUCGAGGAUUUCCUUAAAGAUUAUGUAGUUGAAGUAGAUGUAUUGGAAGAGACAGAAGAGACAGAUGAGGCUCUGACUGCGGCUGAAAAAGAUGAACUCGCCACGGGAUCAAGACAGUCACUUGCACCUGUUAGCGAAGAGUGA